GCUACGCCAGCCACAAUCGUGCCCAUGCUCGGCUCUCAUCCUCGCCACCACCACCUUGCACAGUGAAUCGGAAGAUGGAGAUGGAUGUUAAGGGAGUUUCUCAGUGCCCGGAGCCCAUCCCCCACUCUCAGGGGGCUGGCGGAGGCUGUCAGCAGCCACCACCACCACCGCCACCGCCGCCGCCACCGCCGCCGCCGCAGGAUGAGCAGCCUGGGGAAAGUGUGGCCGCCGGGGACAGCCACCCAGAGAAGAGACCAAACAGUGAGAAAGAAGACAAAAAGGUCCUCAUCAGAUCCCAAAGUGCUUCCAUCCAGAUGUGGUGACUCCAUUGUUACUGAU